AUGCCGCAGCAGUUUCGGGCUGGUGUUUCGAGCUUCCAAGCUGGACCGGGAUCUAAUCUUGAAAAUAAUCCUGUUAACUCUGUCAUUCCUGACUUUGAUGAAGUGGUUGAGAAGGAAAGAAUGAAGGAGGAGUUACUGAAACAGUUAGAGGAAAGAUGCAAGUGGCUCGAGGAGAAGUUCAAGGCAAUGGAGGUUGCUAAAAGUUAUCGAGGCACUGAUGCCAAAGAGCUGAGCUUAGUUCCGGACUUAGUGCUCCCUCAUAAGUUUAAGAUGCUUGAGUUCGAAAAGUACAAUGUGACAAGCUGCCCAGAAGCUCACAUCACCAUGUUCUGCAGACGAAUGACGGGAUAUGUUAACAACGACCAACUCCUGAUACACUGUUUCCAAGACAGCCUUAGUGGGAAGAUUGAUGCAGGAGAGAGUCACAGAAGAUCGGCCUCGAAGAGGAAGGAAAACGAGGUGAACAACGCGGGCAUGUACAACAAUGGUUACUCGAAGUCAGUAACAGUGAGUCAGCCAAGAAAGGUGGUUGCCAAUCAGCAAAGCUCGUCGAGACAGGAGGUCGGUACAAGGCGAAAUACUGAGAGGCCCCAAUUCACACCAAUUCCUAUGUCGUACAGGGAACUAUACCGAAAUUUAUUCGACGCACACGUAGUUUCCCCUUUCUAUCUGAAGCCCUUGCAACCCCCGUAUCCCAAAUGGUACGAUGCGAAUGCACAGUGCGACUAUCAUGCGGGAAUAACAGGGCAUUCUAUAGAAAAUUGUACGGCCUUUAAGAAGUUGGUUGAAAGGCUCAUUGGCAUGGGUGUCGUUAAGUUUGAUGACUUGACCAAGGUAGAAAACCCAUUACCGAAUCACACUGAUGGUGGGGUAAAUAUGGUGAGUGAAGACAGAAGAAUCAAGGCAGACAUUGCGGAUGUAAAAACUCCUUUGAGAUGGGUUUGGAAGGAGAUGGUGAAAAGGGGACUAAUUGUCUCAGAAGAAAGUUGUGAAGAGAGGGAGAACUACUGUGAGUUCCACCAUGAAGUGGGGCAUGAAAUCCAGGAGUGUACGGGGUUCAGAGCCCUGAUACAAGGUAUGAUGGAUAAUAGGGAGGUGGAAUUCUGUGAAGGUGUUCAAGAGGAGAGUUAUGUAUGCGCAUCAGAGUUGGCAUUGGGGGUCCCGAAGGCUAACCGUCCUGUGGUCAUCAUCUCGCGACCUCAGAACAGUGAGAUUGGGGCACGAAUAACACCAAAAGUAAUCAUUCAAAAACCAGUUGUGUUUGCAUAUAAGGAUAACAGGAGGGUUCUUUGGAAUUACGAUUGUAAUGUGACAAUCCCGGAGAAGGAGGAUGUAAUCAAUAAAGAGGAACAGGAUGAAGGAAGACACUACGAACAGAUAAAAGCACGAGUAGAGCCAAUAAGAGAAGAAACUUCAGUUGAAAAGAAGAAGAAUGUGGUUGAAUCCGAAUUGUUGGUCAAUGAACUAAUCAGAGAGGAGGAAGCUAGAGAGUUCUUGAAGUUCAUAAAGCAUAGCGAGUAUAGCGUUGUGGAACAGCUGCACAAACAACCAGCUCACAUAUCUGUGCUAGCUUUACUCCUGAACUCGGAGGGACAUCGGAAUGCACUACUGAAGGUGCUAAAUGAAACUUAUGUGGCCGACGAUAUCUCUAUUAACAAGUUGGAUCGACUGGUCGGUAAUAUAAGCGCUGAUCACUUCAUUUCUUUCAGCGAUGACGAAAUACCACCUGGGGGUAUGGGAUCUACUAGAGCUUUACACAUCACUGCAAUGUGUAAAGGGUGUAUAUUACCGGGAGUUCUGGUAGACAAUGGAUCGGCAUUAAAUGUAUUGCCCCUAUCCACGCUCAACAGGCUACCGGUGGAUAGGUCGCACAUGAAGUCGUGUGAGAACGUGGUUCGAGCAUUUAAUGGUACUGAAAGGAGGGUCAUGGGAAGAAUUGACAUUCCCUUGUUAAUUGGCCCAACUAUUUAUGAGGUGGACUUCUUAGUUAUGGACAUCAAGCCUUCUUACAGUUGCCUAUUAGGAAGGCCGUGGAUUCAUUCAGCAGGUGCGGUACCGUCAUCGUUACAUCAAAAACUGAAGCUGGUGUCAGAAAGCAGGGUUGUAACGAUAGAUGCUGAAGAAGAUAUCAUUGCAUCUGUAACCAACGAUGCGCCUUAUCUGGAAACGAGCGAUGAUGCAAUCGAAUGCUCUUUCCGUUCCUUGGAUUGGAAAGGGAGCUUUACCGAGAAGAGGAUUGGGGAAGUUCUUCAGGGCCGAGUUGAGGCUCCAAUGUUGAAAGACAAGCAGGACCGUUUUGGCUUAGGAUACAAGCCAGAUGCUAGGCAGAAGAGGUUAGAGCAGGAAAAGAAGCGAGUGAGGAGAAGGGCUCGCUUGACAGGUGAUGAAGUCAAAUGGGAACCCAUGACCUUUCCUCACCUAUCCAAGACUUUUGUAUCGGGAGGAUUCGUCUAUCAAGGAAUGUUAAGAGUCAGAAGUAUUAACACAGAGAGUAUUCAUGCCGUGUACGAAGAAGCGACGGGAGGAAGAACUUUGCCGGAUAUUCAUCCUUACGAGUCGGGAAGGGCGCUUAACAACUGGACUGCAGAAGAAAUACCUGUAGUUUUUAGGAUUUCCUCAGAGUCCUACGAUAUCAAUGAUACGAAUGUCACUCUUACAAAUUUAGAGUCUCCUUUUGAACGAAAUAUGUGUUUAGAGGGAUCGCAUGAUUUUGAGGAUGACGAAGACUGUGGUUUGUCUCUUGACUUGUUGAAGAUGGUAGAAAGGGUCGAGAAGCAAAUCCUACCUCAUAGGGAACCAAUAGAAAUUGUGAGCUUGGAGGAGGGUAAAGAGGUGAAGAUCGGAUCGGAUAUCUCUGCAAGGACAAGACAGGACCUCAUCGAUUUACUCCGAGAGUUCAAGGACAUGUUUGCAUGGUCAUACCAGGAUAUGCCGGGGUUGAGUACCGACAUGGUAAUCCAUCGUCUCCCUAUAAGAGAAGAUUGUAAGCCAGUGCAGCAAAAAGCUCAGAAGGAUGAGGCCUGA